CCGGGGUCCGCGCCGGCUGCGGGAGGUGCGGGGUGCGUGGGGCUCCUUCCUCGUGUCCUGUCCUGGCUCGUCCUUCCAGCGGCUCCUGCGCUCCCCCUGCGGACACCGCCGUGCUCCGAGGAGAGCUUUGUAUAGCUGAAGGAAAAUGAUGGAAGAGAGUGGAAUAGAGACAACUCCACCUGGCACGCCCCCACCAAGCUCAGCAGAGGCUGCUGCUGCUGCUGCAGCACCUGUCUCAUUAGCUUUGUCCAGUCCCCUUUCUACACCAAGCAUGUCCUCUUCUCCUACAUAUUCACCAUCCUUGCCAGCUGGAUUGUCUCAAAUUCCUCCUCCUCCUCCUCCUCCUCCUCUGAUGACUUCGGCUUCUCUCCCACCUGAGCCUUUUGCAACGAUUUCUUCUCUUGCACCAUCUGAAAGUCCUGCCCUACCUCUUCCUUCCCCUUUAGCCUUUAGUACCCCCAUGUCCCAGUUCUCUGCUCCUCCUGCCGUCAAGUUUACUGCUAGCUCUGGUCUUCCUGCACCUCCCACUGGUCCCCCCAUUUCAGGUUUUUCCAUGUCCUCAAGCUAUGAUAUCACCAGGGGUCAUGCUGGUCGAGCACCGCAGAGCCCACUGAUGCCUUCAUUUUCUGCAACUCCAGUCUCAGGAGGUGUUUUGGCUGAUCCCAUCACUCAACAAGCAACUUUCUCAUCAUCUUUGUCUCCUGGGGUUGGCUCUGCAAUCACUUUUCCUGAGGAGCAUGAAGACCCCAGAGUAUCUACUGCCCAUGGUGGAGCACCUGCUGGAGGGCUGUGGGGGUUUAUAAAGGGUGUAGCUGAGAAUCCCAUGGUGAAGUCUGUUCUUGAUAAAACCAAACAUUCAGUGGAGACCAUGAUCACAACACUGGAUCCUGGCAUGGUUCCCUAUAUCAGAACUGGGGGAGAACUGGACAUAGUGGUCACUUCUAAUAAAGAGGUAAAAGUGGCAGCAAUUCGGGAUGCCUUUCAAGAAGUCUUUGGAAUGGCUGUUGUUACUGGAGAGGCUGCACAGUCUAACAUUGCACCCCAACCUGUGGGCUAUGCUGCAGGUUUAAGGGGAGCACAGGAAAGGAUAGACAGCUUGCGUCGGACAGGAGUCAUCCAUGAGAAACAACCUGUUGUAUCCGUGGAAAACUUCAUUGAGGAAUUGCUUCCUGACAAGUGGUUUGACAUUGGAUGUCUGAUUAUUGAGGAUCCAGUUCAUGGAAUUCAUCUAGAAACGUUUACACAAGCAACACCAGUACCUUUACAAUACGUUCUGCAGGCCAAGAGUCUCACUCCUGAGGACUACAAUCUGAGAUGGUCAGGCCUGCUGGUGACCUUGGGCGAGGUGCUGGAGAAGAGUGUCGUGAACGUGAACAGGACGGACUGGCAUGUGGUGUUCACGGGCAUGUCCCGCCGGCAGAUGAUCUACAGCGCGGCCAAGGCCCUGGCAGGGAUGUACAAACAGCAGCUGCCACCCACGAUCAUGUGAGACUGGCUGGUCUGUCAGAGCAAGGAGUACUGGGCUUGGUUCUGAACUUGAUAUGAAGGCUACACACUCUUAAUUUGCAGUGGAUGCAACACAGAUUUGUAAUCUUAACUCUAAACUGCUUCUACUUUUUAAGAAGCGAAGGUGAUUUCUGGUAGUGGAAGUGAGCAAUUACAUUUUUUGGCUAUUAUAUGAUUUCCAGUAUGAUUCACAAAGCAGGAAAUUGAGACAAAUGCAUAUAUUUAUAACCGGUACAAGUAGCAUUACAAUUUUUCAAGUGCAACAUGCUAUGAUUUGACACCUUACUAGGCAUUUGCUGAGAUACUUUAGUUAGUAUACUUUUGAAAGGGGAUAUUUGUUCAGCUGUUUCUAUUAUAUUAGUAAUAUAAACAUGUUGACAGCAUAACAUGUAUAUUAUAUAUAUGCAUUUCAAUCCAGAGAGACUACCUUCUGUAUUACAUGUUAUACUGGGGCAUGUAUUUAGGGGAUACUUAAGACCUCAUGAGUUUGGUGUCUGUAUAUAGUUCUCAGGAGUGAUGCCAAGUAGUUUCUACAGCACAUAACAGUGAGGUGCUGAAGAGCACAAAUCCAUGCCCUGUUAGCUGAAGUCUUUGCUAAGUAGUUCUGAAUUCUCAUUUUCCAUGCUGCAUAUUUUUUUCUUUUUUAUGUAGCAGUAAUGAAAUUCGUGGCCAGUUGAAACACCACAGACAAAUUUCAAGUUGCUUCAGUGGGUUUUAUAUAUGCCACAUGAAAUCAUCUCAGCAGUUUCAAUAACAUCGUUUACUCCAAUGCUUCCAAACUUCACAUUUUAUAUGGAAUUACGUAGUUUAUCUAGUUACAGCUGUCAGCAAUUUGAUUAUGGAAAAUGGUGAUGUGUAUAUCACUUGCUUUGCUAGCCUGGGUUUCUUAAACACUUCGAAGUCUUAAAAGCUUUCUUGAUGUCAUGAACUCACUGUCUCUCAUAUAAGUUUUUGGUGUGUCUGACGUUUUUCUUGGCUGUAAAGGUCCUCCAUCAAUGCUUAUGCAAUCUUAAAAUCUGUAUUUAGAAAUAUGGAAGUAAUUGUGAAGAAAAUAUUUUGGUAACACUUUUUUAAGAAACAAAGAAUAAAGAAAUACUUUUUGUUUGCCUUAA